AUGGCUUCAGGAAAUUCCAGCAACAGUUUUCAGGUUCUUUGUUAUGAACAAGUAGCCAGAUUGCAUGAAGUCAUGGAAGAUGUCAUCCCGAUACAUGGUCGAGGCAACUUCCCCACACUCAACGUGAAGCUCAAAGAGCUAGUACAAGUUGUCAAAGAUAAACUCACAGAAGAUGGAGUUAGUGUGCGAGACAUUCGUUUAAAUGGGGGGGCUGCCAGCUACAUCCUCGGCACAACAAGUACACAGGAGUUCAAUGAUGUCGACUUGAUCUUCGGAGUAGAUUUAUCCAAUCACAAUGAGCUUCAGAAGAUUCGCAAUGGUGUGCUUGGGUGCUUAGUCAACUUUCUUCCAGAUGGCAUCAAUAAGGAGAAAAUCAACAGCUGCAGUCUAAAGGAAGCUUACGUCCAGAAAAUGGUGAAAGUCUGCAAUGAACACGGGGAUAGAUGGAGCUUGAUAUCUUUAUCACAUAAAACACACAAGAAUGUGGAGUUAAAAUUUGUGGACAAAAUGAAGCGCCAGUUUGAGUUUAGUGUAGAUUCCUUUCACAUUAUUCUGGAUAGUCUUUUGGCAUUUUAUGAUAUUUCUGAGGCCCCGAUGACGGAACAUUUCUAUCCAACGAUUGUAGCUGAAAGUCUGUACGGCGAUUUCUCAGAAGCUUGGUAUCACCUAGACAACAAAUUGAUUGCAACAAGAAAUCCUGAGGAGAUUCGUGGCGGGGGCCUGCUUAAGUAUUGCAAUCUGUUGGUUCGUGGUUACACACCAGCCAGUGAGGUUAACAUUAGGACUAUGGAGAGAUACAUGUGUUCUCGGUUCUUCAUUGAUUUCAGCGACAUUAAUCAGCAGCGGCAGAAGCUGGAGGCAUAUUUAGCAAAUCAUUUUAGUGGUGACGAAGACAUGAAAUACGAAUACCUCACAACCUUGUAUCGGGUGGUAGAUGAAAGUACGAUCUGCCUUAUGGGUCACGAAAGGAGACAAACUUUAAACCUAAUCCAACAGUUGGCGUAUCAAGUCUACAUGGCCCAGGAGCGGAAAGCACAAGUGAAAGUCAUUGAGCUCCACCAGCUUGAUCAACUCAACAACCUCGUCAUUGACCAGGUUUUCUAUGGGCCCUUUGAUUCUAGCAGCAUUAACAACCAAUACUACAACUACCCAAUGCCUUCAUCAACAUAUCAUCAAAUCAGUAGCUCCUCAUCGUGUCCUUACUGUCCACAGUUCCUUCACUGCUCUUAA